CUUGCUUACUUGGAAAUGAGGUCCUAUGUCCAAAAUCCUGAACCACCCCUUUAAGUGGCUGACUUAUUGAAAUGAAAGCCCACCAGGAUUUCAAAGAACACAGUCAUUGGGAAAGGGAUGUGCCUCAGUGCUGUAUUAAUGAUUAAUGAGACAUUAUGUUGUCACUGAUUGUCAGAACACAUAAAUACCCUGGGUAAACCUGAUUGGGUCAGAGUAGUAGUUUAUUCUGAGGGACGGCCCUGGGUAAAUCUAAUUGGGUCAGAGUAGAACACAAGGACACCAAGAGGCAGGAGUGUCCAGAGAGCUAAUACAAAGAUAUGAGACUAACUAAAGGUGGGUUGACCAUACACCUCACUACAUAAAACAUCAUGAUUGUAAUUGAAGUGCUGAUGUAAGCGCAUCUGUAAUUUGUAUUAAAGAUUGAAAUGUGUUGUCUUGAAAUACUUGAAAAUACACACACACACACACACACACACACACAUACCUGUCCCAGGCAUUGCUCAGAUUUACUUUCUCUGUGUGUGUGUGUGUGUGUGUCGUGGGUACCAAGGACAUGGGGCAUUGUUUUUAGCUUAUAGAUGAUGAAUGAAGGGCCACAUGCUGCUCUGCCUCAGCACAUCCUGAGCACAAAGCCUGCUUGUGAAUCAAAGCCCAUCUUCUAUCUAAUCAGUGUGUGUGUGUAUGUGUGUCUAAUCAGACCACGAUAAGACACCUCUGAGGAGCCACCCGCCACACUGGACCUCUCCUCCUCUCAGGAUAUCGCAACAGGACUUUGAUCUGUGUGUGUGAGUGUGUGUGUGUGUGUCUGAGUGACAAGAAAACGUCUUGGGUCAGGACACACACCUGUAGUGGAGCACAAGUGAACACACAGACUUCUUCAUCUGCACAUGGACUGGUGCAACAAAUGCACAAUUGUGGCUUUACAGCUCAACCCAUCAAACGAUUAGUAGCUCUAGAAUUUCCAUACGCUGUCACUCACUGCUGGAUGUCCAGGGAGCUUCACUUCUGGAUUUGGAGCCGUGAUCUUGUUAGGAAUCCCAGCAGAGGACAAAACCUCUUGGUCUGAUGACAGGUGCCUCUCUCUGAAGCAACGAACUGAUCAGGGACUGACUCUUCCACUGGAAACUUGCACACACACACACACACACACAGCUACCAUGGCAGAGGCCCAGGACGAGGUGGUGUGUGAGCCGCGGCGGCGGCUGGACUACAGGGUCCAGCGGGAGGUGCUGGACGAGCUCUGUGUGGAGGACAUGGCGGAGAAGACACAGUCCACAAACCAGCUGGUGGAAAAACUCAAAGACUCAGUCAGGUGUUCUGGUCCCCGGCUGAAGAGCUGCUUCUUCUCCUGUGUUCCUGUGUUGUCGUGGCUGCCUCGUUACCCCCUCAGACAGAAUGCCAUCGGAGACCUCAUCUCAGGCAUCAGUGUGGGAAUCAUGCACCUGCCCCAGGGCAUGGCAUAUGCCCUGCUGGCCGCUGUGCCUCCGGUGUUUGGCCUCUACUCCUCUUUCUACCCCAUCCUCCUCUACUUCAUCUUCGGGACAUCCAAACACAUCUCCGUGGGCACCUAUGCGGUCAUGAGUGUGAUGAUUGGCAGCACCACGGAGCGCUUGGCCCCCGACUCUGACUUCAUGGUGUGGGAUAAUGUGUCCAACAGCAGUAUAGUGGACUUCAUUAGCCGGGAUGCAGAGAGGGUAAAGGUCGCUGCCGCGGUGACCUUCAUGUCAGGCGUAUUCCAGCUGCUUCUAGGCCUGGUGCAGUUUGGCUUUGUGGUGACGUACUUGUCCGAGCCCCUGGUGAGGGGUUACACCACAGGAGCUGCCAUCCACGUCAUCGUGUCCCAGCUCAAAUACACUUUUGGCAUCAGCCCUCAACGCUACAGUGGCCCUUUCGCUCUCGUAUAUACGGUGUUAGAGGUGUGCUCACUGUUGCCGGACACUAACAUAGGCACUCUGGUGGUCAGCAUUGUGUCCAUUGUUGGGCUCAUCAUCGCCAAAGAGCUCAGCACUCUCGUGGCCCGCAAGCUUCCUGUGCCCAUUCCUGUGGAGCUCAUCGCCGUCAUUCUCGCCACAGUUAUCUCCUGGCAAGUUGACCUGUCUCUGAACUAUAAAGUUGAGGUGGUGGGGGAGAUUCCAUCAGGGUAAAACAAACAAUGACAUACAUAAUAUAAUAUGCUAUUCAGACGAAUACAAUCCCCAGUUUUCCCAAAGGCCUCUCUGUUUGGUCAAGUGAUUGGGGAUGCUUUUGCUCUGGCAGUGGUUGGUUAUGGCAUUGCCAUCUCCCUUGGUCGGACAUUUGCCCUUAAGUAUGGAUACAAGGUGGACAGCAACCAGGAGCUGAUAGCCCUGGGGCUCAGUAACGCAGUCGGAGGGAUGUUCCAGUGCUUUGCUAUCAGCUGCUCCAUGUCCCGCAGUAUGGUGCAGGUCAGCACUGGAGGAAAAACCCAGGUGGCUGGGGCUCUCUCAGCUGUAGUCAUCUUAGUCAUCCUGCUAUGGAUCGGAUCGCUAUUUGAACAGCUUCCAAAGGCUGUUCUGGCAGCCAUCAUUUAUGUCAACCUCCAUGGAAUGAUGAAGCAAUUUGGUGACAUCAAAACCCUGUGGAACAGCAACAGAGUGGACAUGCUGGUGUGGGUGAUGACCCUUAUCCUGACAGUGCUGUUCAAUCCUGACCUGGGCCUGGCCGCCUCCAUAGCCUUGUCCAUCCUCACCGUCAUCUUCAGAACUCAGCUGCCUAAGUACUCCCUGCUCGGACAGGUUCCUGGAACCGAUAUUUACAGACCCAUAGAGGACUAUAAUCAGGUGAAAGAGAUUCCAGAGUUGGUGAUCUUCCGCUCCUCAGCCACUCUCUAUUUUGCCAAUGCUGAAAUGUACGCCGAUGCCCUAGCAGAGAAGAGUGGGGUGGACAUCGCCAAGCUGCUGUCCCACAGAAAGAAGCUGGAGUCCAAGAGGAAGAGAAAAGAGAAGAAGGAGGCCAAAAAGGCUAAGAAGCAGGCCAUGAAGGAAAUGACCGAACGUGAAAGUGAGUCGGAUGACUCAGUGAAGGAGCAGGUGGUGUUCACCAUUGAGGCGGAGACGAAGCCUGGACCCAUCCUCCCUCGCGCCAUCAUCCUAGAGCUGAGUGCGUGUAACUUCCUGGAUACGGUGGGAGUCAAGACCCUCAGCAAUAUUCGUAAGGACCAUGGUGAGGUGGGAGUGCAAGUACUUCUGGCUGGUUGUCAAAGCUGUGUGGUGGAGAGUCUGGAGAAGGGCGGGUUCUUCAGUGAAAAAGUGACCAAAGCAAUCCUUUUCACGUCUGUGCACGAUGCCGUACUAUACUGCAACGCAGAUAGACAGGAAGAGGACAUGAAAGCAACGCAGCUUUGAAUUCUGAGUAUUGGCGGACACACACACACACACACACACACACACACACACACACACACAAACACACAAAACACACACACACACACACACACACAGGCGCACACAGAGAUGGCACACUUCAGAGGGGAAGUGCUCUGAGACAGCACAUCUCCUGUCUCUACUCCUCUAAUUGCCUUCAUUUUGUGUUUGUAUUGCAGCUUAUGUAACUAAAUGAUUUUGGCCCACUAUGAAAUGAAAAUAGCUUCCCACUGCUGAGAUCCCUGCUGGUCUGUGUUUAGGGCGACAGCUUAUGUUUGUUUCUCUCGCUCCUACCAAGAGGAAUUUGUGAACAUUUUCAACAGCUCAAGACCUGCAUUAAACUUUAUGUUUAUGUCAAUCAUAAACCAUGAAACAACAUGACAAGCAAACCCAGCUGAAUUUGCUGGAGUGUGGUCCGAUGGCUAAAUUAAAUCCUAGACUGGAUUAUCGUGCCAUUUUUCCACUUGGGCCAUGAUUCAAAUGAAUGUGAUAUUCAUAAUUAAGGGCCUGACCUAUCAUCUGUUACUGGUCAGAUUCCAAAUGAGUCAAUUAGAUCAGUGGUUCUUAACUGGUGGGUCGGGACCCAAUAGUGGGUCGCGGAACCAUUCUGGGUGGGUCGUGGAGCUUGUGGUUAAAAAAAGAAGAAAUCGCCCAUUUCAAAUAGACUUAAAUUGAGAUGGAAUGGUGCAGAAUCCACAGUGUGCGAUGUUCACAAUUGCUGGAACAUGAGUGAAAAUGCCUCAUAAAUAAAGUACACCUAUCAAAGACAGACCUGUCAAGUACUUUAAGGUGACAUCAGGAGUUGGAGACUUCACAAAUGUAAUGCCAAACAGCAUGUUCCAAACAAAUAGGCCUACAGGCACUUCGCCUGUCUUAGCGUGUAGCUCACCACAUCUGUUGUCUGAACGCUAUAAAAUAUAUAUGGGUCGUGACUUCAUGAACAUGGGAAAUUUUGGGUCCCAAAGCCAGACCAGUUAAGAACCACUGGAUUAGAUGACCCACGCACAGUGCCUUGGUUAAAGAAGUGGUAUGUGUUUUGUUAAUAGCCACACAGAGCAUGCUGUAGCAGGAAAUGUUAUGAGACACCAAACGAAAUACAGAUGGUUGUAUAUGACCAAGUGAUCAGAUGAUCAUCAGUUUGAUGUUGUUUUGUGUGUGUUUUUAUUUAUUGAUGAACAUUCCCAUGAAUAAAAAAUAGUGAUAUGAACA